AUGUUUUUAUUAAACAUCGAAAAUUUGAUGUCGCGCUUUCAUUGUCUCUAUCUAAAUAUUAAGGUUGGUUAUCAAGGAUCAUAUUCAUUUCAACACCUACAGAUACAACCACAACUUGAAAAACAGCAACAGCAAAAUCAACAGCACCAACAACAACAACAAAUCAUUCAACAACAAAAACAACAACAUCAACAACAGUUUAAACAGUUUGGUCAGCUGCAGCAGCAACAACAGAAUGGUCAACAACUACAGCAACAACAGAACCAAAAGAAUGAAAAGAAAAAGAAUUUCUUUGAUUUCUACAAGAGUGGAAAGCAAAAGAUUAUGAUAUCUUUUUAUAAUAUCUAUAGAAACUACCCGUCAAAUCCACCAUCGUUUUCCGCCAACUCUCCACUGUGGCUCAUGGGAAAGUCAUAUAACACUCACAACGGAGCAUCGAAAUCCACUGCCUUAAUUGUAACCAGUGGAUUUUCAUCGUGUUCCUCUGAGAAUAUGAUUUACCAGCAGAAUCCAUAUCAAUUUGAAAAACAACAUCACCAACAACAACAACAACAACAAUCCACUUCAUUAAAUAUUAAUAGUUUAUUUAGUUCAAUUUUUCAAUCAUCAAACAACUCAAACUCAUCAUCAUCUUCUUCCUCCAAUUCCUCCUCUUCCAAUUCCUCCUCCUCCUCUUCAUCAUCACAACAACUACCAACACCUAAAUGUAAUAAUACAAUGACACCAUUACAUCAUCAAUCACAAAUCAUUACACCAACACACUAUUCACCAAACAACAAUAACACCAUCAACAACAGAGAAGAAGCAAAUCAAGAGAUUGAUCGUUUCAUUGCAGACUUUAAGAAUAUUCUGUGGUUUAGUUAUAGAAAGGAUUUUGCACCAAUUGAAAAUACAAAUAUAACCACCGAUAUAGGUUGGGGUUGCAUGGUCAGAACCGGUCAAAUGUUGUUAGCCAGAGCAUUACUAAGACAUUUAUAUCAAAAUGAAAAUAUACCAGAAGUAGAUAGAACAAGACCAAGUUCAAAAUAUAGAAAAGUAAUGAAUUGGUUCUGUGAUCUACCGACGAGAGAACACUACUAUAGUAUUCACCAAAUUGUACAUAAAAACAAAAUCAUUGCCAAAUACCAUAAUAGCAAGCUGAAAGAUUUCGAUAUCGAAACCGAUGAGAAUAUCGAUCUUUUGAAUGUCGAUGAAUGGUUUGCUCCAACUAAAAUAUCAGUAGUUUUAAAACAUUUAUUAAAAUCACAUGGAUUGAGUGAUAUUACAAUGUACGUGCCUUCCGAUGGUGUAGUCUAUAAGGACUACGUUAGAAAGCUGUGUACAGACGAGAGGUUGUCGUUCGAUCCAGAGAGCAGUGGUAUUAACAGUGGUUGCAAUUCCUAUAUUAUUGAUGGCAAUGCCGCGCGUGUCCCCUCGAUGCAAUCCUAUCAAUACAAGAGUGCUUCGAGUUUCGGUCAGAAUUCACCGAGCAAUCCGGCGUUCUCAUCGUUUGUGCCCUCGAAAUCACCACCAUCCUCGAUGGAAGAGGAGAACUACCUCGUCGGCGAGAACAGCGGUUCCUUCAAGGAUCCACUGACCUGCUCCGACUUUUUCAGUAGUAGCUGCAUUCCACAGCGUUGGAAAUCCAUCAUCAUAUUGGUACCCAUUAAAUUGGGUCUCGAUAAACUGAAUGAGGUCUAUUUCCGUGAAAUCAAAUCCAUGUUGGAGCUGCCUCAGAGCAUCGGUCUCAUCGGUGGCAAACCGAAACAAUCGUUCUACUUUGUCGGCUAUCAAGAUGAACACAUUAUUUAUUUAGAUCCUCAUUUUGUUCAUGAUACAGUGAGUCCAAAUGAUAUUAAUUUUUCAGAUUCAUAUCAUCAUUGUGUACCUCAAAAGAUGUUGAUAUCACAGCUGGAUCCAUCGAUGGCUAUCGGUUUCUAUUGUCACACUCAGAGUGACUUUGAAGACUUUUGUGUGAGAAUCAAGGAGAUUGAGAAGAGAGGAUUCCCCGUUGUCUCUGUAGGAGAGCAAUGUCCCGAUUACCAAGUUGAGAGUGACGAUGUCGAUCUCGAUGAGUUUGAAGAGGAAUGUGAAAACUCUUUUAUCAAUAAUCUUCAAGGUCAAGUCUCUGAUUUCAUCGGUGCCAACAACAACAGCAACAGCAACAACAAUACAAAGUUUGAAGAUAGUGAAGAUGAUUUAGAUGGAUUCACAAUGGUCAAUUGA